UGUUUGAGAAGUUUCAGCACACAUCUGGAUUUCUUUAGAGAUUUAUGUGACCACCAGCUUUUGAAAUUCUCCUUGUUUCUCAGGUGAGCGAUGGAUGAAAGCACCUUUGAGACAUUUGAGGAAGAGCUUGGUAAACCACUGCAAGAAGUUCCUCCUCAGAAACCUGUCAGGCAAAUGCGAACAGGAGGCAGAGCAGAGAUGUAUGCUCAGAGGAGGGUGCGAGAGGAAGCUCCAAUCGUCCAGCAGGUCCCAAAGAUGAUUCCACGGGAACAUCCGGUGUCCAGCGCCAACCUGUGUUUUAUCACCUGUCCAGCAGCGUCGUUACGCAAAGCUCUGUCCAUCCAGAAUCUGACGCAGAUCGAGACGCCGUGGGAAGGUGUGACGCUAAACAGGUGUCUGAUCGCAGCCAUAACCAUCCUGCUGCUGAGCUCCUGUUUACAAAGAAUACACGAAGCCGUCAGAGGCCGCAAAGACGUCAGUGAAGAGCUCAUAGCACUAAACGAGAGACAUACUCUGAUUAAAAGAGGGAAAAUAACACCACAUGAGCCAGACACUUCCUUAUGGGAAACAUUUUUCUGGUGGAUUGAUGAUGACGACGAAGGAAAAUCCAAGAGAGCGACUCGCGGGAGAGAUUCUAGGGGCCUCAGACACCGGGCCCUUCCGGACCUCAGGCUCCUGAAGAAAAGAGAGACAAAAUUCACUGAGCGCAGAAGAAGAGGAAGACACGAAGUAGAUGAGAUUAAAGAGAAACUGACAAAAGAGAAAGAGAUGAAAGUCAAGAAGAAGGUCAAGGAAGUGGAAGAAGAGGAGGAGGACAUACAGAAGAUGAAGAAACCCAAGAAACCAGCGAAAGAGAGCAAGCAAAUACCUAUGAAGAAAGAGAAUCAGUGAUGUACUGAUGCAUGAAGAAAAUAGGGCUGAUAGCAUGUGCACUCAAAUUAUCAUGAAAAUAAUGCAAUUAAUCUUAACGGUCCUAAAGGGAUGUUUUCUUUUGAUUACAGGGUUCUUGUCACUCUCAGAUCUUUAUGCACUUCUCUAGUCAGUUGAUGAUAAUGAGUACAAUUUGGUGCUUUUUGUGUUUUUUUUCUUUGUAAAGUCUGUAUUUUUCAGAGACUUGAUUGAAACCAUAAACCCCUUUAGAUUUUUAUGGCUCUUUUUGCAAUUAUGACUGCAAGCAAAGCACAUAUUCUGCCAGACAAUAUUAAGUUUCAAUCACUGAUUAUUUUGAGGUGAGAUCAAUAGGUUACAGUAAAAAUAAUGAGUAUUUCAGUGCCAGUUUAUUUAAAAAAUGUUUACCCAUGUUAUGCUUAAACCUAGUCCCCGACUAAAAUGUUUUAACUGAAAGAAACUUGUACUGAUUGAUCUUGAAAUAUGUCAGUGCCCUUGUUUUGUCUCGAGAUGCACACCAGUAAUGUUUUUUUCUAAGGCAUGUCUAUAAAAAUUACUUUAAAAUCCUAAUUGAACUAUGGCCUAGUCUUGGCUUAAACUAAACCCUGUCUGUGAA